AUGGACGUCGAGUUACCUGCCGACGAUGACGCUGUUCUCACCGCAAUGAUAGAUCUCAUGCGAAGAGUAUCACCCCGAGAAUCCGUCCGUGUACUCGAUAUGCUGAGCGAACUUCAACCUGAGCUCGCCGAUGACCUAGCGGGUCAUUUCGAUAUCAAACUAGAUUCUGUAAAAGAUGAAGAUGGGGAUUAUAUCCAAUGUGACUAUAAUAUGGUCGGGACUUCGUAUAGAUCUCCUUGGUCAAACACUUAUCAUCCCGCCAUACCUGACGCUCCCCUUCCAUCGCCCAGACUCAGGGAGUUGGAGUUGGUUCUGAACAAAGCUUUCAAAGUCUACACUCAGAUGUAUUUUGGCGGAGGGGUUUGUAGUGUUUUCCUGUGGGAUUUGGAAGAAGAGAAACCUAGAGAUAUGGGUUUCGCUGGUGCUGUCGUUAUCACAAGUCCUCCACCUCCCACGGACGCCGUAGACAUGCGAUGGGAUUCUUUCCACGUCUUUGAAUGCCACGAAAGAGGUCGUUCAGCGAAAUACAAACUUACUUCGACCAUUUCAGUCUUUCUCAAAGCUACUUUGGCUCCUGUCGUCGUGGAUAAAGUCACGUCGGAGAAUGAGGGUGAAGCGAAUUUAUGUGCACAUACAGCUCGGCAGGCGGAAUACGAUUAUCUUCUCACUACACCUCAAGGACAUGUGGCCAAUAUAGGUCGUAUGGUGGAAGAUAUGGAGUAA